AUAAAACGACGACGGAUCCCUUUCGUACAGUCGAGGACUCGAACCGAGUCAAUAAGGUUCGGCCAAGUGGAAACCCGAUUCUUCUCGUGUUGCUGAAAGAGAGAACAUGGCGUUGCAGGCUGGGGUUUCGACCUCAAAGGUUCUGAUCCUCGUCGGAGCAGGUUUGACGGGUUCGGUUGUUUUGAGGAGCGGACGACUGUCUGAUCUGAUUGCACAGCUUCAGGAGUUAUUGAAGGGUGUAAAUGAAGCUGAGAUCUCGCCGAACAAGUACGAUACUACAGUCCUUGCAGCUCAGAUUCGACAAUUGGCUCAAGAGAUCAGGGAGUUAGCGGUGUCACGUCCUGUAACCAUCUUCAAUGGGGAUUCAUCAUCGAAUGGGAGCUAUGGUUCUUACUUAGUGCCUGCUGCUGCACUUGGAGCAAUGGGAUAUUGUUACAUGUGGUGGAAGGGUUGGUCGCUUUCUGAUGUAAUGUUUGUAACUAAGCACAAUAUGGCAAAUGCUGUUGCAACUGUGUCCAAACAAUUAGAGCAUGUCCAUGAAGCACUGGGUGCAACUAAGAGACAUCUAACCAAGAAGCUGGAGAACUUGGACUGGAAGGUGGAGGAGCAGAAGGAAACAACCAAGCUUAUUGCAAAUGAUGUGAAUGAGGUGAAAUCAAACCUUUCUCAAAUUGGGUUUGAUGUGGCAUCAAUCUAUCAAAUGCUAUCUGGGUUGGAAGGGAAGGUUGAGCUUCUUGAAAACAAACAGGACGUGACUAACUCAGGUCUCUGGUAUCUAUGCCAAGUGGCUGGAGGCUUCAAAGAUGGGCUAAAUUCUAAACUUUUUCAGAAUGCUGUGGGUGAAGACUGGGAAUUGGAAGUUUUCUGUUCGGUCAUUGUAUAAGGCUUUGUCAAGCCAAAAUCAUACUUCGUUCCCUUGGAAAUCUAUUUGGAAAACUAAGGUGCCUCCUAAGAUUGCCAUCUUUGGGUGGACAGCAGCUCUUGGGCAAGUUUUGACGUUGGAUAAUUUGAGAAAGAGGGGCCUUGUUGAAACAGAAUGCUGUUAUGUGUGAGAAGAAUGGAGAAUCAGUUGACCAUCUUUUACUUCAUUGUGAAGUGGCAGAAUGUUAUGGGUGGAAAUCUUUCGUAGAACGGGCAUUGCUUGGGUAAUGCCCAAGAGGGUGGUUGAUUUAUUUGCUUGUUGGCAACGAUGCAGGGCCAAUUCACAUAUUGAGGAUGUAUGGAAGAUGACUCCUCUAUGUAUCAUGUGGUGCUUAUGGAUUGAAAGGAAUGGGAGAAGUUUUGUAAACAAGAAACGUUCUCUGGAUGAGCUAAGAAGUUUCUCCUUCCAUUCUUUAUUUCUAUGGGCAUCUUCUUGUGUUCUGACUAGAGCUUGCUUCAAUGAGUUUCUUGUAUCUCUUUCUAGCUCAUUUUUAUGUAACUAGGUGUAUGCUGUUUGUAUA